CAUCGUCGUGUUGACCUUUGUCCCAGCGCCCACUGGACCAUAGCGAGCCAAUGACUGUGUAGAUCUAGGGCACGUGACAGAGGCGGGCCCUCCACCAGAAGGGGCGAGGCGAGGCAAACGUCCUGAUGGCUGUGGCGUCCUUUCCUUCCUUGGAGGCCGCCGUCUCCCCUCCCGGCUCACCCCUGUGUCUGGCGGAGCCGUGGCGUCCGGGCUUAGGGAUGCCGGCCAGGUCCGCCUAGAGGAGAGCCCGUGGGCAGCGGGGUGCUGGGGAUGCUCAGAAGAACAGCUCCCGCCCGGCCGCCAACAAGUGUGCCUUGAGCUUGUGUCAGGACGUAAAUGCGACUGUUGGGGAGCCCCGGCCCGGUCCCUCCCUCCACCAAAUACAGGCGCCUCGUCUCAGGUCCUGCUGAGCGCCCCACUUGCCCGGCCUAACUGCUCCGGCCCCUGAUCUCGGGCCCUCAUCCGCGCUGCUCCGCGCACUGCUGUACCUUGGCUGGGCGGGCCUCUGCCUUCGGCUCCCCGGGCGUCCGCCCCAUAACUUGUUAGAGAAAUCCGAAACAUCUCCGGUCUCUAGAGGCUGCCUUUUGGAUUGAGAACGAAUAGCUCUGGCAGUAGGAAAAGCCGCAGUCCCAAGUGGGAAAGCCGACUUCAGUGUAAUAGAUGGUAGCCUUCUUUCCCCUAAUGCCCCGAGUGCUGCUGUCCGGCUCCUGUGAUAGCAGAGCAUUCCUCAUCACUAGGGCGGCCUUGUGGGUCUUGCACAAAAUACGACCUCCAGUUGUUAAAUUUCAGCGUCUGGUCAUCAUCUCAUGGAGUGGCCAAGGGCAUGAAGACCCCAGCCUCCGGGCCCCUUGAAUGCCCAGCAUACAGUAGAGCUUGUAAACAGUUUCAAUAAAACCAAGACGCAUUUUUAGAUAUGGAUAAAAAACUCUCAGAGUUGGUGGAAGAACUCACAACUUCGGGAGAACCCCAGCUGAAUCCUGAGAAAAUGAAAGAAUUGAAGAAAAUAUGCAAGUCUUCUGAGGAGCAGCUGAGUCACACCUACCACCUGCUGAUGGCGCAGCUGAGCCAGGAGCACGCCGAGAUCCGCCUCUCUGCUUUCCAGGCUGUGGACGAGCUCUUCACCAGGUCUCACCAGUUUAGGAUGCUGGUCAUUUCCGACUUCCAGGAGUUCCUGGAGCUCACGCUGGGCACCGACCACGAGCAGCCUUUGCCACCCCCCAGGGAGGUGGCCCAGCGGCUGAGACAGGCUGCCACCCGGGCCAUCCAGGGGUGGAACGAGAAGUACGGCUCAGCCUACAAGAAGCUUGCCUUGGGCUUCCACUUCCUGAGACACAGCAAGCAGGUGGACUUCCAGGAUGUAGAUGCCAGGACCCCGGCAGAAAGGAGGCAGGCAGAGGAGAGGCACAGACGCUGGGACAGAGUCCACAGGGCACGGUCAGAGCAGGCCGCUAGGGAAAUGGAGGGCAUGUGUGAGGACAUUCGAAGCUGCCUUAUGGAGGUGGACAGCUGCUUCCAGCUGCUGGUGCCCUUUGACUUCAGCCCAAGCCUGGGGGCCGCCUUGCCCACCAAGGCCUCUGGAGCAUCUGAGGAGGGCCCCUGUCGCCAGGCUGGUGCUCCCAGCUGCGGGGACGAGGAACAGCCUUGCUGUAGCAAGACCCUGCCAGCCUGUGCUCACCUAGGCACCGCCGGGGAGAAGCCACCCCCAGCUGCCCCUGGGCACCCCUCAGAGGAUGAGGACGAGGACUGGGACAGUGACCAGGAAGGGUUUGUGCAGCACCAUGGGCUGGGCUCCCACAAGUACUCACUGGAGGUGGUGCUCUCCCCAGACGGCCUGAAGGUGCAGGAGGAUGAGGACAACCGUGCGGUCAUCCACUCAGUGCGUGACGGGCUCAAGCUGAUCCAGAACAAGUUCCUGCCGGCUGUGCACUCCUGGGUCCAGCUGUUCACCCGCGUAGGCAGCCACAGUGGGCACUUAGAGGCUGCUGUCCGCCUGAAGUCAGAACUGGAAGCCACCCUGAGGCGAUCCAGGUUGCUUCACCUGGAACCCAAGGCUGUGUGCAGGAGGGAGGCAGCAGCCCCAGGGGACGGGGACGAGGAUGAGGAUGAUGAGGACUUUGUGGAGGUCCCGGAGAAGGAGGGGUACGAGGCCAGCGUCCCUGACCACCUGCAGCCUGAAUACGGGCUGGAGAAGGACCAGGCUCACCAGAGCUCGCAGGCCAGGAAGAGGAUGAAGGAUGAGGAGGCGGCAUGCGACCCUACAUCUGCGGCUGCUCAGCUGUGUCGGCUCCAAGGCCGCCUGCCCCUGCCCUUGGCCCCCAGCCCCAGCGCAGCCCUGGGACCUGAGGAGGCCGGGAAGCUGGCCACAGAGCGGGCCCGGGCGCCCAUUGUGCCCUUCGGGGUGGACCUGUGCUAUUGGGGCCAGGAGCAGUCGGCUGCUGGGAAGAUCCUCAAAUCUGACUCCGAGCACCGCUUCUGGAAGCCCAGUGAGGUGGACACUGAAGUGGACAAUGCCGAAGUCUCAGAGCUGCUCCGGAGCCGCCGUAUCACCUUUGCAGGGGAGUUUGAGCCCGUGAAACACCACUGCCGUGCCCCGAGGCCUGACGGCCGACUCUGCACACGUCAGGACCGGCUGAAGUGCCCGUUCCAUGGGAAGAUCAUCCCAAGAGAUGACACGGGGCAGCCCCUCCAUCCUGAGGACAGGGCCCCAGAGCAGAGGCAAGAGCUUCAGGGGCAGCCCGUGCGCCCAGAUUGGCAGGACCCUGAGUUCAUGAGAGACGUGGAGGCGGCCACAGGGCUGGAUCUGGGCUCAGCCGGGCACCACAGGGGCAGCAAGGGCAGGAAGAGGAGGCCCCCCGGACUCACCGACCUGAAGCAGCAGGCGAACACCGCCCGCGCCCGCAUUGCGAAAAAAGUCUUUGCUAAGGCAGCCGUGCAGAGGGUGGCCGCAGCCAUGAAGCACAUGGACCAGAAGAAGCAUGAGAAGUUUGCGAACCAGUUCAACUAUGCACUGCAGUAGAGGCCAGCCCGGGCCUGGUGUCAGCCCCUCCCUGUGUGCUAGGAUGGGAGUGGCGACCAGUCCCCUGGUGUUGUGUGUGUAUCUAAUAAAAAUGUCCCCAGAGGCAUGAA